AAAUGGCGAACACUCGAACAGUAGAAGGGGUGGCUUUAUCGGGAAAAACUAGGAAGAAAACCAGUGUAUUUUGGAGUACUGUGCCUGAAAAGGAGCAGUUUAUAAAUGUUCAAGUACCGGGGGUUGCGAUGGGUGGUUUUACGGAUACAAGAAAGGAUUCGCAUGCGCAGAAAUUUGCCCAAGUGGUGCAAAAGUCAAAGUCAGAUAGCGCUAUUUUGAAUACACGUAAUGACCCUCUGACCGUAAACAAACAAGAAAAAAGUUCCCAGAGAAUUGCGACGAAGCAAAAUGAUUUUUUGGGUAAAAAGGAUGCCUCUAGCCUUUUAAAAGGCGCUACUUCGAGUGAUCAACUUGCAAACAUGUCAAGCUUGUCAGAGAGCGGCAAUCCCAGACGAGCUUCGUUGAAGAACUUAAAUGUUGAGGACAAGAAGAGAGUCGCGAAUCUGAUAAAGGAACUUGCAAAAACUGGCGAGGAGAGGGAACUCGCUCUUGAACGAUUGCAGGAGGAACGAGUGUCCUUUGAAGAGCAGCUUGGUGCCAUACAAGAGGAGCAAACAGUGUUGAAACAAGAAAGAGAAUCGUUGAAACAGCGAUUGGAAAUUAGCGAAAAGCUUUUGAAGAAAUAUCAAAAUGAGCUGAAGGAUGUUAAGAGCGAGAAAGAAGAACAGGCGAAGAUCUUUAAGAAAAGGCUUCAAGCACAACCACAGGGUACACAAACAUCGCCUUCAGUUGAAGUAUUAAGCAAAGAUGUUACAGCCAAGUCCCGAAAGCGUCCUAUGAAGAAAACCCACGAUGAUAGGAAUUCUCAUCGUGGUCGGAUGCAAUGGGGUGCCCCACAAGUACCAGUUUAUUCUAACCGUCUUUUUGAUGUAAAAGUCAGCGAUAUUGAAUACGAACAGAAUAGUGAAUCACAAAACGUAAGUGGGGAGUAUCAACGGUCCGGUGUUUCUGAGAAUAGCGGCUUGCACGAGUUAUAUUUGAGAGAGUAUUCCUUGCAACUACGAUUACAAGAACAGCAGAUCGAGAUACAACGACAGCAGGUUCAGUUACAACAACAGUUGCAGCUACUGCAACAACAACAGCAGGUUCUACCAUCACAGGGUACUGUUCAGCAAAGUCAUCAACAUCCUCAGCAACAGGCAGCAAAACAAGACCCAGAUGAACACAAAUAUCCCAGCCGGAAGCCAGACCAAUUCACAAGAUCAGAAGAUUGGUCAAUGCAUGCUGACCAACAUGAAGAAGACGCCGAACAAAAACGAUCGCCAUUGACUCAGCCAGAACCACACGACCAGUUCACUAAGUUGCAUCAACCAGAUCCAAAAAAUAACGAAACAUUGACUAUGCAUUCUCCAAGUCAACAAACCAAUUUGGUACAGAAACGAACAUCGGAUUCGAAAUGCCGACAUAUUGAGGCAAAUCAUGAGGCAGAUACUGUACCGCAUGAUCACUUAGAUUCAUUUUCACGAUCACGACGAAAUACCCCGAAUCGCCAUGUGCAUGUGAUGGAAAAUUCGAGACACGAGAAUGAAGCUGUACUUCACAAACAUGGUGAACCACAAACUAAGGAGACAUCAUACAGAGGUGGUAGUCCACCUUCACAUAACCACCACCAUCACCUGGCACAUAAUGGUGGCACAAAUUCAUCUGUUGGAGGAUAUGAUACCAGCAGGAAUAAAGGAACUGAAACUCAUCAUUCGAAACAUCGUCAUGUGAGCAACAGGAGAUCCAGUAGCGAACACAGAAAAAUAGAUCAUAUCAACCACAUUGACCUCAACAAUAAUGAAGAGUUCAAGCCAAAAUCUACGAAACAGGGGAAUCAUCUUCAUGAUGUGAAUGGCAAUAUUGUUCAGGACCAUUCACGAGUGUACGUAUCUGAUUCCUGCAGUGAUACGGGUGAUCAAACGGACAUGGAGCAUCACUGCAGGUCACAUCAACCUUGCCAUUGUGGAUACUACCAUGAACAAACCAAACAAGACUUACCAACCUCAGAUUGUGAUUAUCCCGUGUCAAAGCACGUUCAUUACCGAAGCAUACCUCAGCACGAUCUAAGCAAGACUUCAUCUGAUAAUAUCGACCACCACAAGGAUAAGCCCCAUCCGGCUCAGAAGAAUUACCACACACGGAGACACCCCAUUUCACCAAAAAGGAAUAAUAGUUACUAUCAAAAAUCAAUACACUACACUGAGCAUGAAGUAGUACCACCAUUAGGUCACCACCACGACAGCGAGUAUCUCCACCAUCACCGUGGUACAUGUGAGGAACAUUCGUUACAACAAACUGCCCAUCAUACACCACACUAUGGCAAACACAAGCAUGCAAAUGAAACAGCAUUUGACGAUGUUACUUACCAAGCCUCCCAGACAACCAGCAGUCAACAUGAACCUACAGAACGCAGAGUCCACGUGCAUCACCCAUUAGACACCUCGAGAAACACCAAGCCACUGUCAUCGGGACAUGCCCAAGAGUACGAUUACCUCCCUUCAGGCGGACUUCGCCAACAAAGAACACAAGAAAAUCAGGAUAAAUCGAAGGAUUUAUUGGACGAUUAUAUUCAUAACUAUCAAACUGCAGGUCAAUAUAACACAGAAUCCAACCCAGAUUAUCCCAGAAAGAAGAUCAACAAGAAUCCGACAAAGAGGAAGACAUCCAGAUUGAAGAAAGUAGAAAACGAUGAUGUUUUUCCUCCGACAAAUUAUACUACCAGACGUCAACCUACAUACGAAGAGGAGAACCCCAGUUACUCAUUGUACAGGCCAAACAUUCACGAGACAAAGUCCACAAGAAGCUAUAUCCAGGAACGGCAUCGAGAUUCGGCAAACGAGAGUUAUCCCGAUUCUUUAGUAGAGAUCGUAGAGGAUCUUGAGGUACACACAGGAUAUGAGGGAUACUCAGGAGAGACGCGGGAUAUGUGCUCGACAGACGAGCGGGAAUAUGACAGUAACGAAGAAGAAAGCACUAUACUUGAUAAUAUAUUUUUUCUUAAGAGAUAGACUAAUGUUGACCAUAGUUCGGUCUGAAGAAAAAUUUAACUUGGGGAAUACAAGCAACGGAAACUGGUAUCAACGGGUGUUAUUAGCGAAGAUGUGACUUACAGCGUUCAUAGAUUUUAUUCUUUUGUAGAGAUAAUUUUAACCGCGCCGAAAUCAACUUUUUUUGGUUUCAGAUGGCUGCGUAGGUGGCUGGUGUUUGGGCCGUUAUUUAUUCAAUGAGAGCGCUCACGAGUGGUCUUGGAAAAUACUUGUCCCGACCACACAGCCUCUUAAACUGUACAUCGACUCGACAAAACAGUCUAUUCAUUGCUGUAAUUCCAAACUUACGUACAAACUAAAAACGUUUCAAGAUUAAAUUAAACCGCUUUAUGUACACAUAUAUUAGAAUAUGUUUAAACAUUGCCGUCUGUUGACGUUGUACACUUGUACAUGUUUAUAUAUAGCUAAUACUUAAACCACAUGGCAUAUGCAAAUUCAAUUUACGUACGUAGACUAGUAGCGUUGUAAAAAUAACCGAUAUUUCCAAACGUAGGCUUA